AGAUGUUGAACAAACUAACCCAGAGAAAAGAAAAUAUAAAUAUAUAUAGCCGGGCCGGCAUCCAUCGUCGCCGCCGCCGCCGUAGAACUAAAAAUGUCACUAGCCUUCAACCUCGGAGUUACCCCUUUCUCCGGCCACAGAGUUGGGAGCAGGAGAGAAAAUUUUCGAGUCCAAGGAUUUCCGAUGCCCACCACCAAUAAGCCAUCUCUCACCGUUAAAUGCAGCCUUACUACAACGGAUUUGAUGGGGAAAAUAAAAGAGAAGUUGAAGGGGGAAGACGAUAGUUUUCCGGCAACUGCCACUGUUGAAGCUGUGAAUAAUAUACCCUCUAAUUUGUGUAUAAUCGACACCCUUCAAAGGUUGGGAGUCGACCAAUACUUCCAAUUUGAAAUCAACUCUAUUCUAGACGACACAUACAAGUUGUGGAUACAGAAACACAAAGUUAUAUAUUCCAAAGUUGCUAUCCAUGCAAUGGCGUUUCGACUUUUGCGAGUGAAAGGAUAUGAAGUUUCAUCAGGGGAACUGUCUCCAUACGCUAACCAAGAGAGGUUUAGCCAGCAAACAAUAGAUGUGGCGAUGAUUAUCGAGCUUUACAGAGCAGCACAAGAGAGAAUAUUUGAAGAAGAGAGCAGUCUUGAAAAAAUACUUGCAUGGACUACCACUUUUCUCAAGCACCAGUUGCAGACUAACUCCAUUUCUGAUGAGAAAUUACACAAACUAGCUGAAUUCUACUUGAAUAACUACCACGGCAUAACCAUAAGGUUGGGAGUUAGACGAAACCUCGACCUAUACGACAUGAGCCAUUAUCAAGCUAUCAAAGAUACAAAUAGGUUCUCUAAUCUAUGCAACGAAGAUUUUCUAGCAUUUGCAAGGCAAGAUUUUGAUACUUGCCA